AUGGAAAACAGUCAAGAACAAAUAUUUUUUAGAUUUCAAUCUAAAAAUGAAAUCUCAGAGCUUUUAAAUUAAAUAAUGCAAUUUAAAUAGCUAUUUUUUGAAAGAGUUUGUAAGUAAAUAGAGGAUGAUUAUGAAGUUAACAAUAUUUGGAGUUAAUUUAUUAUUAGAUAUUUGCAAUAUCCUGAUUAUUGUUUACUAUUUAAAAACCAGAUUUAAAUCACUGCUGACUACUACUUACUUUAGCAUCUAGCUAAAAAGGGGUUUGAUUAAUAGAAAGACCCUUUAUUUUUAAGGGAUUUAGAAUUAUUUAAUAAUUAGAUAUCUUCAAAGUUCAAUCUAACUAUGGAGAAAAUUGCAAAAGAUCAAGAAGGAUUAUCAUAAGAUUUUAAUUUAAUGAUUUAUAAGUAGAAGUUAAGCAAUGCAGAUGAGUACUCUUUUAAUAUUAGUGAUUAUAAUAUGCUGCAAUAACGUUACUAGAAUUUUUAAACUAUUUAAGAUGAAUAAGAUUAGUCGGAUUAAGAAGAAGUAAAUUAAUUACUUUCUUAGGAAGAAUAAAAUAAAGAUUUAUCCAUUAGUGAUUAAAGGAGUUAAGGAAAUAAUAUUGCUCAUAAAGAUACAAUAAUGAAUUAAAAGAUAUUUUUAACUUUAUUUUGGUACGACUAUAUAGGGAUAUAAAAUGGUUAGUAGUGGUCUUUAAACAGUGAAGUUUUUGACUUACUAAAAUAGUUUUUGAAUAUAAACACAGAAGUAUUUGCUUCACCUUUUAAUAGAAAUUUAGAAAAUUAUUUUAGCCUUUUUGAAUCAGACAAAUAUUUUGGGAGCUUUGGAAAUUUUAAUAAGAAUUAUUUAAAUAUCUAGCAAAACUUUUAAGCUAACCCACCAUUCAUAGACAACUUAUUUACUCACUUUGCAGCUCAGAUAUUGUAAAUUUUAGAAAUAAAUACUUAAAACAAUAGAGAAAUAGGGUGUGUAAUUGUUUUUCCUUGGCAAGACAAUUAGGGUUAUUACUAGUUGUAAAAUAGUGAUUAUUUUAUUGAUGAAAUAGAAUUAUUGAAGAAUGCACAUUACUACACAGAUUAAAACUCAUGUUCUUCAAUAAAAUCAAAAUUUAAUACUUACAUACUUAUACUAGGAAAUACAUUUUUCAAGGAUAAGUACCUUUAAUGUCCAUACCUCUCAGAUAGUAUAGUUUAGGCUUUUUAGAUCAAAAAACAUAACAUAAAAUUGCUAAAAUAAAUUUGA